AUGACUGGGUCACAAAAAUUGCCUCUGCUCUUUAUUGGAAAAUAUCUGAAACCAAGGUGUUUCAAAAAUGUUCAGAAGAUUCCUGCUGCAUAUUAUGCUAAUAAUAAGGCCUGGAUGACUGGCAACAUCUACGAAAAAUGGUUGAGAGAUUUAGAUAACCGUUUUUCAGCAGAGAAGCGCAAAGUUCUCCUAAUCGUGGACAAUUGUACUGCACACAUGGAAGUCACUGGGCUUCAGGCAAUCCGUGUGGAAUAUCUCCCACCAAAUGCAACUGCAGUUUUACAGCCAAUGGAUCAGGGGAUAAUCAAUAGUUUCAAGCGAAAAUAUAAGACAGUGCUCUUGCAAAGAGUAAUCCUUGGCUUGGAAAGGGAACAACCUUAUCAGAUUGAUAUUCUUGGUGCAAUGCAUUUAUCAAUCAGUGCAUGGAAUGAUGUUUUAGAUGAAACAAUUUCUAAAGCCUUUCGACAUGCAGGUUUUAUUAAAGAAACAGACGUAACUGAAGAAAUCCAUGACAAUAGAUCUCACGACGAAGAUGAGGUUCUCAUGCAUGAACUUCGCCGUAGAAAUCCACAGUUGCCAGAACUUUCAUUCGAGGAUUUUUUAAAUGUGGAUUCUAAUGUCAUCUGCACGGAGGAAAUAUCGGAUCACGAUAUUAUUAGCAGCAUAAUCAACGAGAAUGAGAGACUUUCAGAUCCAGAAGAAGAAGAAGAAAAUGAAGUAACACCAAGACCGACUUUAAAACAAGCUGCUGAAUACUUGUCAGAACUUAGACGAUUUUUUGAGGCUUAUUAUUUUGAGGCCAGUGAUAAUUGUGAAAUGCUAACAAAUAUAGAGAAGAUGGAGUCUUGCAUUGUACAAUCUGUUGUUUUAAAACAGACAAAGAUAAGUGAUUAUUUUGUUGCUCAAUGA